AUGAAGGACCAAGAUUUUAACAUCUCAGAAAAAGUUUUCAACUUAUUCAUAGAUCAUUGGAUCAAAAAGAAUAGAAAGUUAUUCCAAAAAUUGUUACGUGAAGGUUAUAAAUAUACUAAAGACCUUUUAUAUUAUUUAGAUAAUGUUCCACUAAUAGAUCUAGAUGAAUAUAAUACAAUCUAUCCCUUAGCUAACUUCUUUUAUUCUGCUUUGAUCUUGUCUCUUUCUACUUUAGUGAAAAUGAGAGAUAUAUGUAAAAGAUACCCUAUUUCUGUAGACUUAGCUGUGCCAAAAAAUAAUACAGAUAAAACAAUUGUGGCAGCCAGUUUUUGUGUUUUACAAUUUCAUAGAGAGUUAGCAGAAACUAAGGUUGAUCUUGCAGAUAUAAUUAUUAUGUUGAGUAUGAGACCCACUGAAGUUGUCACUCUUCAUAUUAUUCAUUAUAAACCUGGAGAAGCAAAAAAUAAUCUUGAAUCUUGGCAAUUUCUAUCUAUGAAAAAGAAUCCAGAACAUGCAAAAGAAUUGCUUAUCUGGAUCCAAGUUGCAAUAGCAACUAGAAAGUUAUGCAAUCUUAUCUAUAGUAUUAAUAGAAAACACAGUACAGAAGUAUUUAGUAAAAUUUUAAAAUCAUAUAAUAUUACAGCCAAAAGAUUAAGAAAAAUUAGAAAUAAACAUGUUUUUAGAGUUUAUGAUAGUCAAAAUUCAACUUCACAUCAUCUUGAAUUCCUUAGCAGAGUUGCAAUAAGGCAUAAGAUAAAUCAUCAUAAUUCUGAAAUAUAUUAUGCUGAAAGUAAUACUUCUGAUUCUGACCUUGACUUAGAUCCAGAACCUGAAUCUGAAGUCCUAGCACCUACAUUCAAGGCAAUUAAUGAGAAUACUUCUGAAAUUACUUAUUAA